AUGAGCCUAUCGGAGGAGGGGAGCGGUCCAGGCGGGGGUCACGUGAUCGGGCACGUGUUCCGGUUCCGGGUCUGGUGCGCGAUGCGUGGUCCGGCGGCGGCCGCGGGGCAGGAGCGGGGAGCGGCAAAAGCUGCGAAAGCACCCAGAAUGAAGGCGGCGAAGAAAGUGUCUAAAGUGACCAGAACGGCUAAAAUGACGAAACCGAAGCGGACGGCGAAGCGGCUCCUGGCCGUGGCGAAUCAGGCCGCGGCCGCCGAGGCAGCGCGACGCGCCCGCCACUUGAAGGCGCUGAGCUGUGCGUCGGGCGCCGAGCGGGAGCUGGAGGAGCUGGUAUUCGGCGACAGCCUCAAUGCGGAGGAGGACGAGCUGCUGAGGCGCCUGGCCGGGCCCCGACGGGUUACUGCUGCAGAGGGGAGGGGCCUUCAGGAGGACUCCAGCGAUUCGAGGGUGGAGAAUGAAGCGAAACGUGACUUACUGCUCAAAAAUCCGGCCUGGGUAGAUGAGGAUGAUGAAGCUGAGGAAAAUGUUGAUAUGACCCAUAAGUACCGGAAAGAUUUCAUGAAAAGUGAUGCCGAGACAAUGCUUACUAAGAAAAAACUAAAAAAAAGACUUGAGGAACAGUUUCAGCAUGCCAUGGGAGGAGUUCCUGCCUGGGCUGAUCUAGAAAACAGGAAGAAAUCCAAAAGGACUUUGAGUGAUAGUGACAGUGAUGAAGAUGAUGAUCUGCUACGCAGGACUGGCAAUUUCAUAACAAGCUCAGAGUCUCUGCCAAGAGGGAUUUUGAAGAUGAGCACCUGCCUUCCUGCAAACCAGGAACGUUUUGCCAAUGGAAAACUGGUGACAGUGCAGUUUCAUCCUUCAGCUCAAGUGGUGAUGACAGCUGGGCAUGAUCGCUCUGUGUCCCUCUUCCAGGUGGACGGUAUAAGGAACCCAAAAAUACAAAGCAUCUAUUUAGAGAGUUUUCCAAUUUAUAAGGCUCAUUUCAGUGUGGAUGGAGAGCAAGUUAUAGCCACUGGUACUCACCACAGCAUGUUCUUUGUGUAUGACAUGAUGGCUGGGAGUAUCAUCCCUAUCCUAAAAGUACGAGGUGUGGAGGAAAAAUUCCUCAGAAACUUCGAAUUUUCUCCAGAUGGAUCAUUUAUGCUGCUAAUUGGAACUUCAGGUUACCUUCACUUGCUGUCCAUGAAGACAAAAGAACUGAUCAGCACUAUGAAGGUGAAUGGAAGGUGUACUGCCUCUGCUUUCACCCCAGACAGCAGUAAAAUAUACAGCUAUUCAAAGGAAGGUGAAGUUUUCAUUUGGGAUGUGAGAAGCAGAAAGUGUCUACACAAAUUUGAAGAUGAAGGUUGUUUGGAAGGAAAGUGCAUUGCUGUUUCAAAAAAUAACCAGUAUGUGGCAUGUGGUUCAUCUUCUGGAGUUGUAAAUUUAUACACCACUGAUGCCUGCCUCAAAGAAAACCAUCCUAAACCAGUUAAGGCCAUAAUGAACCUUGUUACUUCUGCCACCUGUGUGACUUUUAAUCCCACCACAGAGAUUUUGGCAGUGGCUUCCCGUGACACUGAUGAGGCUGUCAAAUUGGUGCACCUUCCUUCAUAUACUGUAUUCUCAAACUUCCCAGUGUUCAGAAGAAAACAGAUUUAUCUUGCUCAAUCUAUGGACUUCUCUCCCAGAAGUGGAUAUUUCUCUGUAGCAAAUAACAAAGGCAAAGCUUUGUUAUUUAGGCUGAAACAUUAUUCAUUCUUCUGAAAGAAGAUAAAGGAGAAGAUGAACCAGUAACUGAGGUUUUGUAAUCUGCAGAUAAAGCAAUGCUGACAAAAUCAAAGCUUUCCUUUUCAAUUCUUUUUUUUAUAUGGAAGCCUCAAAAUACUAAUAGAAUAUAUGUAUUUUUCAUUUUGUUUGUUUUAAAUAAAUGUACCUGGUAAGUUUCCAGGCAAUUUGUUUCAA